ACAAACACUGGCAUUGUCAUUGUCAUUCAAGUACAGUCUCUGUUCUCAUGUUCAGUGGCUUGCUCUCUCUUUCUCCAGGCCUCUGCCAGAAGGAAUGUUUGACCAUCAGUCUUGAGUGCAUUUUCACAGAACAGAGAUUCCAGGAUGAAGGGUGUGGUGCCACAUAUUCUUAAUGAAGAAAGUCCCUGGAAGGAGGGUCCAGCUUGCGGAUCUGAAUCACCUGCAGCAAUGUCUUCUCAGCAGCAGCAGCAGCAGCAGCAGCAGCAGCAACAGCUAUCCCAGAAGAUCCAGCAGCAGCAGAUGAAACAGCCCUGUCAGCCACCACCUGUCAAAUGUCAAGAGACGUGUGCAUCCCAAACCAAGGAUCCAUGUGCUCCCCAGACCAAGAAGCAGUAUCCACCCAAGGGCACCUCUGUCCCUGCCCAGCAGACAUGCCCCUUGGCCCAGCAAACCCCCAAGAGUAAACAGAAGUAAAGAUCAACUGGAAUACAACCUGCUUGCCACCCAGACUACCAGAUGGAUCCUUCCUUCUUCCACCUCCUCCUACUCAGGGUCCAGUGAAGCACUAUCAGAAGUUCUUCCCACUGAGACCCUACUCACACACAUCACCUUUGCCUCCAAGUCUUUUAUACCCUACCCUGACUCUCUCCUAAGUGGACAUGAAGAGGCCUCAUUCUUUCCAACCUUCAGCUUGACCACAGCUAUGCUGUAUCCAUGUCCCAAAGCAAGAAAUGUAUCUGGGUUUCUUCUAGGAUUCCACCCCGGUUAGUAGGGACACCAGAGGCUGAUGCACAGCUCCUGCCUCAUUUCCUUCCCCAGCUCCCCCUCCCUCAGUUUCUGUCUUAUUUCCUCCCCUAAUAAAUCUGUGCUUCAUGUCA